GCCAAGCAGGUCAAGGUGCUGGCGACCUCCCCGACUGGCGCCGUGGCGAUCAACGUCUCGCUGGAGGGCCGGGAGCACCGGGAGCGCGCCAAGACCGCCAAGACGUUGCGUGGCCGCAGCCGCGGCAGCCGCCAGGGUGACAACGCGGACAUGAUGCACGCGCUGGACAGGAGGCUGGCGCGGAUCGAGCGGCUGUUGUCGAAG